UUGUGUGGCUAAGUAUUGACCUUUGCCCUGUUCAGACUCAGGGGAACCGACGGUGGAGAGCCCGGAUAUGGCAGAAACUUAGAUGUUUUUCUUACGUAUUUUUACGAAUGUUUGAUCGUUUUAGGUCGAAUCUGCCAACAGGAAGGACGUUUCAAGUCUUUCAUGUUAGUCCAGUUAUGUCCCUGUAGAUUGAAGGACCUGUUGCUUGCUAAGUGAUGUCCAGGUGAUAUGGCCAUGGGCAUUACCAACAGCCGCCCAUCAUGCCACAGGCACCAACGGCUGUCUGGACUUUAUGUGGAACUGUACCCCACAGACAGUAAGGAGCAAAGGUUGAAUCGACAGCCCUUGUACUAUGCCUGUGAGGAAGAAUAUACUGUGGAGGAUCUGUGCUUCAAGGCUGCCAGUACCUGUGACAUCACACCUCCAUACGUGUCCAUGUUUGGCUUGGUGAAGGAGGAUCUAGCCACAUGGUUGAGCCCAUCCACCAAGGUCUCAGCAAAGAAAGGAGAGAAGGUUGUCCUGAUCUUCAGACUCAGGUUCAAGUUUGCUUCCCUUUUUGAGCACAGAAGGCCAACUAGACAUGGCAUUGACCACCACCAGAAUUCAACAGUUCUGGAUGAGAAUGCCAUGAGCUAUUACUUUCUGCAAGCCAGGGAAGACUUUCUAUCUGGAAGGAUUAAGAUCUUACCGAAUAACAAUAAGGAGAAAGCAAUCGAACAGAGCCUGGGACUUGCCGUCUUGGACAUGUUGAGAAUAUCCCUGGAACAGAAUGUCCCCGUCGACCAAAUCAAAAAGCAGUACGGCUACAAGGACCUGCUGCCGCCAGAAAUGAAGCAACUGCUGACCAGGUACAACCCCUUCAACAGGAACAGGAUCAAGAGCAAGUUUAACGGCUUCCUGCAGGAGUGGGCAGAGAAGGAGGUGGAGAAUGCCAACAGAACUGCGCUGUUCAUGAAGGAGAAGUACCUGAAGCACAUGGAGCAGGUGGAGGGCAGAGACUACGGCUGGGAGACGUUUGAAGGGUACGAUGGCAGGAGUAAAGGAACAACUGUGAGGGAGCUGAUUCGAGUCAGCGGUGACAAGGGCAUCAGUUGGUGUAACCCUCCUGAGGGCGACCCUCUGCCUGGAAUGUGGCAGAACUUCUGUGACUUCCAGAACUUAAACGAUGUGAGUGUGCAGGAGAUCCAGGGCAACCUGUGGGAGGUCAUCCUCAACAGGCUGCAGGGAGGGGGGCCAAAGGUGCUGCAUUUCAAGGACUGCGAUGUUGUGGUCAGCCUGUUGACGUUGAUUGAUGGUUAUCACCGGCUGCUGGUGGAUUCUUACCACUACUUCUGGAGGGACAUCGCUCCUCCCUCACUACUUAUCUUGGCAGACAUCAAAGCCCAUGGAUCCAUCAUGAGGCCAUUUGCAGAACAGAAGAUAGAGAAGCAUGGCAAUAAGCCAGGCACUUAUGUCCUGCGUGCACACACAGAGAUUUAUGGGAACUUCUUCCUGAAUGUCUGCUUCCCUGGAGGGGAGAUUAAGAACUUCCAGGUGGUCUGCCAACAGAGAGAGGGAAAGAUGCAGUACUCUAUGGAGCCCAACAAGCAAGACGAGUGGUUUGACAGUAUGAAGGAGUUGGUCAGCAACUAUGGGAGGAACACUGUGGGGCUCCCCUUCAGGUUCGACAGAUGUCUGCCCCCCAAGAGAGAUGAAAAGACCAACCUGACCAUCAGAAGGGUGGAAGAUGCUCCCCCUCCCCCCUCCCCUCGGCCUCUCCAGCCAACCAUGCCACGACAGCUCAUCCAGGAGGACAACCUGAUCCAGGAGGACAACCUGUACUCCGGGAAGUUCACCACAGUCCAGAAGGGCCGCAUCAAACAGGAUGGUAUGUCCCAACCAGUGGUGGCCAUCAAACGCCUGAAGGAUGAGAACUGGUUCAAGGUUUUCCACCAAUCAGCCAGCAAGUUACAGCAGUGGGACGACAAGCACAUCAUCAGGAUGAAGGGUCUGUGUGUGGACCCGCCCAUCAUGGUGCUGGAGUAUGCCAGGUUUGGCUCCCUAGGUGACUAUCUGCGUACCCACAAGGUUACUGUGGAACUCCCCUGGUUACUGACUGCUGCACACCAGCUGGCCAGCGUCAUGUUGUACCUGGAAAGCAAAGGAUUUGGUCAUGGUGGUCUUUGUGCCCAGAAUGUGCUGGUGGCGAAUGAGACUCCAUUUAUCAAACUUGGUGAUCCCGGUAUCAGCUUCAGUGCAGAGAAGAAGAAGAGGUUGUUAUGGCUGGCACCUGAGCUUGUGUUUGACCAUAAGGACCCCAGCCCCAGUAGUGACAAGUUCAGCUAUGGCACCACACUAUGGGAGAUCUUUAACUAUGGAGCAGAACCACUUUCAGUGCUCGCAUCUGAGACUGUUCAACAGCUCUACACAGAAGGGACAAUGUUGAAAUGUCCUGAUAACUGCCCAGAGAGCGUGUACUGGAAGAUGCGCUGGUUUUGGCAGAAGGACCCCCUCCAGAGACCGGAGUACCGUGCCAUGCUGAGGACACUCAAUCAUCCUGAUGUUACAGACCAGUCUGGCCCACCUGCGGUGGAGAGACUGGGACCGGGUGGAACGGACGACACCUUUCCAAUCUUUAACGGCAACAUUGAACUGUUCCCCGAUGAUGAUGACGGAAAUGACAGAAAAACACCUCAGUUGGUUCCCGACAAUCCCUUUGCCCUGCCGCCUCCCACACAAAUGGAUCCCCCACUGCGCACCGACCAGAAGUUCUUGAAAGGUGACCUCAAGUUCAGGAAAGAGCUUGGAUCUGGCUACUUUGGUCGUGUGGAUCUGUAUUCCUACGACCCAUAUGGAAGUGAGUGCGAAUAUGGCCCCCUGGUCAGGCUCUUUGCUGUGAAAUCAGUGAAGAGAAAUGCAGUAUAUUUUGACAAGAAUCCCGCCAAGCUUGAAGAAUACCGAAAGGACUUUCUAGAUGAGCUGAAGUUGCUUAAAACAUUGAGCCACCCCAACAUCAUCCAAGUCAUAGGCACCAUGCAGGACACUGAUGAUGAGUUCCCUGCUCUGGUGUUGGAGUAUAUGGAGUAUGGUUCCCUAGAGAUUUUCCUCAGAAAAUGGAAGGCUAACAUCCAACUGGACCGCCAGCUCAGAUAUGCUUUCCAGGUGGCACAGGGAAUGGAGUAUCUGCAUGGCAAACAUGUACUUCACCGGGACCUGGCAGCACGCAACAUUCUGGUGGCGCAUGCCGACAUUGUCAAAAUCAGCGACUUUGGGCUGUCACGGGAACUGACAGAAGGGACAUACUACAGCUCACAGAAGGGCAUCUUCCCCAUCAAUUGGUAUGCUCCUGAAGCUUUGGACAAGGUGAACAAGUACCAGAAAGCCAGUGAUGUGUGGAGCUAUGGAGUAACAGUCUGGGAGAUCCUGUCUCUUGGUAAGAAGCCAGAAUACUCCAAGAACGGUGGGGGUGAUAACGAUAUCGAGGAGCCAGUGUACGACAAGCUGCAGCGGGGAGAGCGCCUGGUGAAGCCGGAACAGUGUCCUGACGAGGUGUACGCUGUUGUGAACAAGUGCUGGGAGUGGGAACCACGGGACAGACCCUCCUUCGAAUUGUUAGUGGCCCAGUUUGAGGAACUUACCAAGGUCAAAUAUGCUGGGGUCUUGUACAACAGUUAGAGGGUACAAAACACUGCACAAUAUUAAAACAUCUUUAUGUUCGAUGUAGAACUCAUUGUUGAGCUUGCUGAAACUCAGAUCCAAAAGACAUUUUAGGGCAUUAAAGACAAUUUUGUGAUUUGUGUUUCCAAAAGGCAUAUUUUAUGAUGGGCUGGGUUACAUUUAUGACUGUGUUAGAAAAUGACUCGUAUUGUAUUGGUUAUGACAGAAGAGUAAAUCUACCAAAAGUGAUACAAAAAAGGUCAUGUGGGGAAGCAUCCAUAUGUAAACCUUUUCAAAUGAUUUUUUAUGUUGUUAUCUCGGUGGUGCCUUUGAAAGUCUGAUGUUGUUCCAGAGGUGUUGUGUACUUGUAACAUUUGGCUGUCUUGUUGGAUUUCUUUCCUACCCAUUUACCUGAGGGAUAAGGAUGGUUGACCAUGAGGGAUAAGGAUGGUUGACCACAGAUCCACUUAUUGUAAAAGGAGCUCAAUUUUGCAGUUUGUUGCUCAACCUUUCAUCAGAGAAAUAUCUUGAGAUGGAGUAAAAUCCCAUACUCUUUUGUGAAGGGGAAACUGCAAUUAUUGCUUUUUUUGUAUUGCCUACUGUAAAUGCAGAAACUUUCGCGAUGGUUUAAUGUUCGCGGCUUUUGCGGCGACCGCUUCACUGCGAAUUUAAAACCACCGCAAACAUUUCUCCAUAACAGUGCAUGGUGCUACCGCGAAAUUAAAAACACCGUGAAAAGUCCAUUUUCCCGCUACCGCGAAAUUAAAUCUCCGCGAACUUAAAUGCAUUUACAGUAUAUGCCGUAUGACUGCCUUCCCUAAAUUCAAUGUACAAUAAAGUAAGGCCCAGGAAAAAAAUGUUGUGUUUCUGGUUACCCAACCAACCCUAGCAAAUGCUUCAGACUCUAGCCUUUUUGGAGGUGGAAAAGGGUUGAAGGACUAAGAUUUUUAAUCUGACAUCUGAGUGUUGAAAAUGUAGUACAUUGUAUAAUCAUUUAUCAACAUGUUCUCCUAUCUUUGGUUCCAACAGAAAAUUCUGCCUGUAGUAUAUCUGUAUAAUCAAAAUAUGUUAAAUGCAUUUUUGUUUUACAUUCUCACAGUAUAUUUUGGAUCACUUGGACUGAAAUCUAAAAAAUAUGAGAGAAAAUCCUUAACCGACCGACCGUAAUCAGAAACACAAAAUCAAUUUUCCUGUCUAACUGUAUUACAGGAUUAUGUGUUAGGAAAACAUAUUAUAAAGUGGUGUAUUUGCCUUGCACCUUGUUGUGCACUUCCUACAUGUAAAAAUGAUAUUACAAAAAUGUAGUUAGUGCCUGUGUAAAGAAGAAAGUAUGUAGUAUUUGGGUAACGUUAUACAUGUAUGCAUGUACAUAAGUACCGCCUAUGUUUUCUUCAUUGCCAAGUAAGAAGGCAGGAAUGUAAUGGAGACACUGUAGAUGCUGUACUGGUAUUUCAGCAUUGAUGAUCAGUUAGGUGUUAUUUGAUGUGAAAGUUUGCUUGGAACUGCUGAUUUUUUAAGGAGGGCCCAAAUGGCAGGAAACCUCCAUCUUACUGCAUCAGUACCGCAUACUUGUUGUUAUUUUUGUCUCGGUAGCUUACCUUGUCACAAAUUUGAGACUGUAGUUUUAAAUGUUGAAAAUGUAAGUUUGGGAGAAGACGUAGUGUUGACUUCUGUCACUGCAAUCAUUGCUUUUACCACUAUGAAAGUAGAUCAUGCACCCCUGGUCCUCUGCUCCAAGAAUCAAAUUCAAAACUAGGUCUUUCCUAUAUCUUAAAUAACAAAUACAUAGCAAUUGUCGAUGAUGGGACAGUUCUGGUCACAUGUAUUCUGUUAAUAUUUUUGGACAUUUGCAGGUUAUA